AUGCAAAUUGCUACCAAUUUAACACCACAUAAUAUAUUAAAUAAGACUUUUAAUAAUUCUUUAAAUAUUUCUUCCGAAGAAAAAAAUGAAAAUAUUGAUUUAACAAAUUUAUUAUUAAGUAUUUUAUUGAGUUUUUGUUGUAUUAUUACCGUUCUUGGUAAUAUACUUGUUAUUUAUGCUGUUAUUCAAGAACGAUAUUUAAAAUCAGCUACAUAUUAUUAUAUGGCAUCAUUAGCAUGUGCUGAUUUAUUUGUUGGUUUGAUUGUUAUGCCAUUUGCUAUUGUCCAACUUAUUUAUGGUGAUUAUUGGCCAUUCGGUAGAAUCUAUUGUGAACUUUGGCAUUCAUUUGAUAUUUGUGCAAGUACAGCAUCAAUAUUGGAUUUAUGUGUUAUUGCUUUAGAUCGAUAUUCAGCAAUAACAAAUCCGAUAUCUUAUCAUCGAGCAUUUUUUGUUAAACGAUGGCCUUAUCUGCUUCUUGCUGUCUGGUUAUGUUCAGGCUUAAUUUCAUUUCCUGCCAUAGUCUACUGGCGUUUAGUUGUUGGUCAAUAUGAAAAAAAUCGUUGUCUUUUUCCUGAUGAUAUAUUUUAUAUAUUAACUUCUUCAUCAAUAUCAUUUUAUAUCCCAUUAUUUGUUAUGAUAUUUGUUUAUAUAAGAAUUUAUCGUGCAGCUAUAAAACAAUUGCAUGCAUUUAAAACUGGUGUUAAAGUAGCAACAUCAAUAAAACCAAAAAUAAAGAAACAACAAUCAAAAGAUGAAAAUAUACCAACAAUAACUGUUCCAGCAGAUGUAUGUUUACGUAUACAUCGUGGAAAAUAUCAUGGUUUACAAACUGAUCGUGAAUCAUCAGCAACAGAGAAUUCUUUAUCACGUUGUUCAAUUACUGAAAAUCAUCAAAUGGCAAUAAAUCGAAAACAUAUAUUUUCAAAUAAAUCACGUCAAUCAUUUGGUAAACGUUUAACAAAAUUUUCAAAAGAACAAAAAGCAACAAUAACACUUGCUUAUGUUAUGGGAAUAUUCGUUAUAUGUUGGUUACCUUUUUUUGUUUAUACUCCAUUAACUGCCAUAGCUAAAUUAUUUCUUCAAGAAAAAAAAUCUUUAAAUAAAUUAGAACAAUUUUUAGUUGGAAAUGAUCUUGUCUUUCAAUUAUUUACUUGGUUUGGUUAUAUUAAUUCAAGUGUUAAUCCAAUAAUUUAUGCAUAUUCUUCACGUGAAUUUCGUCGAGCAUUUAUUAAAUAUUUAUGUCGAUGUUUUCCAACACGUUUAAGAAAUAUGUUGAUGUCAUAUCAUAAUUUACAUUUAUUACGUUAUCGUCAAGCACAACCAUCAUCAGCUAUAUCAGCUGAAAAUUUUGAUUCAUCAUCAGAAAUUAAACAAAUGACUAUUCCAUCAUCACCAUCAAUUCCAACAACUAUUUUAAUUAAUAUUCAAAAUAAUAAACAAUCAAAACUUUGUUUUCUAACCAAAUAUUCUCGAAAAAAUCUCAAUCAACAAAAACAAAACAAUCAUAAACCUGAAACUAAUAUUCUCGUUGAUUAUUGUAGUUAUCAUGAUGUUGCCGUAUCACGAGUAACAUGUCUUUGA